AUAAUUAGGUUGACACCACUUGCAUCCUAAUUCCUAGUUAACAACAAUUAUUCUCAUAAAUAAAUAAAUAAAAAAAGACUCUUAAUUGUCAUGUGCAAUUGUUCUCUUUUGUUAUUUUGUGAGGUGUGUGGAAUAUUCAACUAUAAACUAUAUUUUAAAAUUUCCCGCUGACUGAUGUAAAGCUUUGUCUACCCUUGUUUCUUUUGGAAGUCAACACCUGAAAAUAUUUGAAUCCAACACUUUCCUUCCUUUAUAUUCCUCUUCAACCCAUUUAACACAUUCACUUGUUCUUCUUACUAUUUGGUUUUUCUCUUCAUUUAAAUCUAAAAAAGUGAACUGGGUAUGUUUAAGACUUUGUUUGCUAAAAGAAAUCUCACUAGUGUUCUUUUCUAGAUUGUUUCUUAUUGCAGAACCAAAUAUGAGAUUUGAGCUACUGAGUUGGUAUUGUAAGCCUGUAGCUUAUGGGGUAUGGGGAAAAAUAGUAGAGAGUGCUUUAGGUUCUUACACACCUUGUGCAAUUGAGUCUCUAGUCAUUUCUACUUCUCAUUUGGUUCUUUUGGGCCUAUGUGUGUAUAGAAUAUGGCUAAUUAUGAGCAAGAAUUCCAAGGCACAGAGGUUUCUAUUGACCUCAAAUUACUACAAUUACUUGUUGGGUCUUAUGGCUGCUUAUUGUACUGUUGACCCAUUACUGAGGUUGUUAAAGGGUAUUUCACUCUUUAACCUGACUGUUCACUCUGGUUUGGCUCCUUUUGAGAUACUAUCUUUGAUCAUUGAAUUUCUUUCUUGGAGUUCCAUUUUUGUUAUGAUUGGACUGGAAACUAAAGCUUACAUCCGGGAAUUUCGAUGGUAUGUAAGGUUUGGAAUCAUUUAUGUGUUGGUAGCAGAUGCUGUGCUCCUCAAUCUUGUCCUUUCAGCCAAGGACUACUACAUUGGACAUACAAUGUAUAUCUACAUAGGAAAGGUGAUUUUCCAGGCUUUAUUUGGAGCUCUUCUGAUCAUAUACCUUCCCAACUUGGAUCCUUAUCCUGGUUAUAAUGUAAUUCAAACCGAGUCUCUUGACAACGAUGAAUACGAAAAACUAGCUGAUGGAAGAGAACAAGUUUGUCCAGAAAGGCAUGCUAAUGUACUCUCUAUCAUCUAUUUUGGAUGGUUGAAUCCACUCAUGAAGAAAGGCUACAAAAAACCCCUCACUGAAAAGGAUGUUUGGCACUUAGAUACAUGGGAUCAAACUGAGACUCUAAUUAACAAGUUCCAAAAAUGUUGGGCUGAAGAAUCUCAGAGAUCCAAUCCAUGGCUUUUAAGAGCUCUUAAUAAUAGCAUUGGAGCAAGGUUUUGGUUUGCAGGUGUUUUCAGGAUUGCGUGGGAUCUAUUUCAGUUUGUGGGGCCCAUUGUUUUGAGUAAGCUACUACAGUCAAUGCAAAGAGGGGAUCCAUCAUGGAUUGGUUACAUUUACGCCUUCUUGAUUUUCGCUGGGGCGUCAUUAGGGGUGGUGAAUCAAUCUCGAUAUUUCCAUAAUGUCCAGCGUGUUGGUCUUCGCCUGAAAUCAACUUUGAUGGCUGGUAUAGUUAGGAAAUCAUUGCGACUCACACAUGAGGGCCGCAGAAAUUUCCCAACUGGAAAAAUCAUAAAUUUGGCUACAUCAGAUGCUAGUUUACUUUAUCAAGUAUGCCAACUACUACACGAGUUAUGGUCAGCUCCAUUUCGUAUUAUCAUAUCUAUGGUUCUCUUGUACCAGCAAUUGGGAGUUGCAUCUCUUUCCGGGGCUCUAAUGCUUGUUCUCACGAUACCCUUACAGACAUUUGUGCUUUCGAAAAUGCAAAAAGUAACGAAGGAAGGACUGCUGAGUACUGACAAGAGAGUUGGCCUCAUGAAUGAAAUUCUCGAAGCCAUGGAUAUUGUAAAAUGUUAUGCAUGGGAAGGUAGCUUCAAGUCUUGUAUUGAAAACAUACGAAAUGAAGAGCUAUCAUGGUUUUGCAAAACUCAAUUACUAUCCACUUUUAAUAAAUUUAUCUUGAACAACAUCUCAAUAUUUAUGUCAUUGAUAUCAUUUGGAGUUUUCACAUUGUUCGGGGGAGAUUUAACACCGGCAAGGGCGUUCACCUCACUUUCUCUAUUUCAACUGCUACGAUAUCCAUUUAUGUCGCUUCCUGAUCUACUAAGUCAGAUUGUGAAAGCAAAUAUAUCACUACAACGCAUAGAGGGACUACUCUUAGCUGAAGAGAUAGUUUUACUACCAAACCCACCUCUUCAACAAGAUCUUCCAGUCAUAUCAAUUAGAGAUGGCUACUUUUCAUGGGACACUAUGGUAGAUAAGCCUACCUUAUCAAACAUUAACUUGGAUAUUCGAGAAGGUAGUUUAGUGGCAAUAGUAGGUGGAACUGGAGAAGGGAAAACAUCACUCUUAUCAGCAAUGCUAGGGGAGCUUCCAUCUACGACGAGUCAAAGUGUUGUAAUAAGAGGGAAUGUAGCUUAUGUUCCUCAAAUUUCAUGGAUUUUCAAUGCAUCUGUGCGCGAUAAUAUAUUAUUUGGAUCUGAAUUCGAACAUGCAAGAUAUUGGAAGGCUAUUGACAUUGCUGAGUUACAUCUUGAUCUUGAUUCACUUCCAGCACGCGAUCUAACAGAGAUAGGUGAACGAGGAGUGAAUAUCAGUGGUGGACAAAAGCAAAGGAUUUCAAUAGCUAGAGCUGUGUAUUCCAAUGCAGAUGUAUACAUGUUUGAUGACCCUUUAAGUGCUCUAGAUGCUCAUGUUGGUAGACAGGUUUUUAAUAAGUGUAUCAAGCAGGAAUUACAAGGGAAAACCAGGUUAUUGGUCACAAACCAGCUACAUUUUCUUCCACAUGUGGAUAGAAUCGUUCUAGUUUGUGACGGUACGAUUAUGGAGGAAGGAACCUAUGAAGAGCUGACAAAAGAUGGAAAGAUGUUCCAAAAACUAAUGGAAAAUGCAUGUAAAGCAGAAGAAAAAGUGGACAAUAAUGAAAUUUGUUAUCAGAAUAUAGCAGUUCCAGAUCCUAAUGGAGUAUUAAAUGGAUUAUUUUCUGAUGCAAGCAAUUCAAAGAAAGAGAAUAUUGAUGAGGCUGUUCUAAUCAAGCAAGAGGAACGGGAGACUGGCGUUGUCAGUUGGAAUGUAUUGAUGAGGUACACAAAUGCACUAGGAGGAUAUUGGGUGCUGAUUUUGGUCUUAAUUUUCUAUUUAUUAAUGGAAGUUCUUCGAGUUUCAAGUAGCACAUGGCUAAGUUUGUGGACAGAUCAAAGCAAAUCAAGAAGUUAUAAACCUGAAUUCUAUAUUUACAUUUAUGCACUUAUUUCAUUUGGCCAGGUGACUAUGACACUGUCAAACUCAAUUUUAGUGAUCAUAUGUAGUCUUCAUGCAGCCAAAAGAUUGCACAAUACUAUGUUACAUUCCAUAUUGAGAGCUCCAAUGCUUUUCUUUCACUCUAAUCCAACUGGACGAAUAAUCAAUAGGUUUUCGAAAGAUAUUAUGGGUAUAGAUCAAAGUAUUGCAAAUCAUAUGAAAUCAUUUCUGAGUCAGAUAUGGCUGCUUCUUUCAACUUUUGCACUGAUAGGAGUUGUGAGCACAAUAUCUCUCUGGGCCAUCAUGCCCCUAAUGAUUUUGUUCUAUAUGGUCUAUUUGUACUAUCAGAGCACAGCUCGUGAACUGAAGCGCUUGGAUUCCAUUACAAAAUCUCCAGUUUAUGCACAAUUUAAAGAGGCAUUAAAUGGUUUGUCAACUAUUCGUGCAUACAAAGUUUAUGAGCGAAUCGCCUAUGUAAAUGGAAAGUUUGUGGACAACAAUACAAGAUUCACUCUAGCACAACUGAAUUCACUUAGCUGGCUCUACUUAAGAUUGGAAACAUUAGGAGGUAUAAUGAUUUGGUUCACAGCAAGCUUUGCUGUUUUGCAGAAUGGAAGAGCAGAAAACCAAGCUGAAUUGGCAUCAGUAAUGGGCUUACUUCUCAGCUAUACUCUAAAUAUCACAAACCUUCUUAGUAAUUUAUUGAGAGUAGCUAGUAGAGCUGAAAAUAGUUUAAAUGCUGUCGAGCGAGCUGGGACUUAUAUUGAUUUGCAACACGAGGCACCAGAUAUAAUCGAGAACAACCAACCACCACCAACAUGGCCAUCAUUAGGAGGUAUUAGUUUCGAGAAUGUUGUCCUACGUUACAGGCCUGGACUUCCUUUAGUUCUCCAUGGACUGUCUUUUAAAAUUUGUCCAAGUGAGAAGGUUGGAAUAGUUGGAAGAACUGGUGCUGGGAAAUCUAGCAUGCUUAAUGCACUAUUUCGGAUAGUUGAAAUGGAAGAAGGAAGAAUCUCAAUAGAUGGUUAUGAUAUUUCUAAGUUUGGAUUGACAGAUUUGAGAAAAGCCCUCAGCAUUAUACCUCAAUCAGCUGUAAUUUUCUCAGGAACUGUACGGUUUAAUCUUGAUCCUUUUGGUGAGCAUGGUGAUAAUGCACUUUGGGCGGCAUUAGAAAGAGCACACCUUAAGGAUGUUAUCGAGAGGAAACCUUUUGGUUUGGAUUCAAAGGUUGUUGAAGGAGGAAAGAAUUUUAGUGUUGGACAAAGGCAAUUACUUAGUCUUGCUCGAGUAUUGCUACGAAGAUCAAAGGUACUUGUUCUUGAUGAAGCGACAUCAGCUGUAGACGUCAAAACUGAUGCUCUUAUCCAGAAAACAAUUCGCGAAGAAUUCAAGUCCUGUACAAUGUUGAUUAUUGCUCACAGGCUAAACACAAUAAUGGACAGUGAUCGAGUACUUGUACUUGAUGCUGGUCAGGUUCUCGAAUACGAUUCCCCAGAAGCAUUGUUGUCGAACGAAGAAAGUGCAUUCUCAAGAAUGGUUCAGAGCACAGGAUCUGCAAAUGCUCAAUACUUGCAUAGCUUAGUACUAGAGAAAACAAAGAACAAGAUGGGAAUAGAGAAAAACAAGUCAAUUUGUGCUUUCAACUUUUGAAAUUAGUGAAACUUUUCCAAGCCUUAUGCUUUUCUGCUAGGAAUUCUGAUUUGAGUUGCUACUACUACUGUCUGUGCCUACUAAUCUUGGUUUUUUUUUUUUUUCGUAUGUUGAUGCUAAAAAAUGAAAACUACUUC